AUGGAGGACCGACGACCUAUGAUCCUCGGGCUAAAUAUCGCAUUAAUGCUUCUUUCGAUCCUCGCUAUUGCGGCGAGACUUUCCACCCGGGCAUUCAUUGUUAAGAAAAUUGGACCCGAUGACGUUCUGAUUGCGAUUGCAUUUCUUUUUGGCCUGGCACUCUCGACACUCUAUAUGCUCUCAACAAGAUAUGGAGAAGGACUCCAUAUUAAAUACCUGCGACCCGAGAAUGUGCCAACAUACACUCGGGUCAUGUUGUCGUCAGGCUUAAUUUACGGACUCUGUCAGAUGUUUAUUAAGCUAUCCUACCUCACCCUUUACCUGCGCAUCGCCCCUCAUAAGACCUACCGACUGGCUUUAUACGUCUCGAUGGUCCUGGUCUUUGCCUUUGGCAUUUCCACUUCGCUGGUACCUAUGUUGUUAUGUUUGCCUUUCGAGAAACUCUGGCAACCAGAUAUCCCAGGCCAGUGCAUCGACAUAAACGCAUUUUAUAUGUUUAAUACGACCACAAAUAUAGUCUUUAAUAUUGCCAUCUACAUCAUGCCAAUACAGAUCCUCUGGCAUCUAAAUCUACCCAAAAGACAGCGGAUGGGAUUGGUAUUGGUGUUUGCAGUGGGUUUUAUUGUUCUAGUUGCAAGUGUCUUCCGCCUGGUAACUCUUGUGCACCGCGGAGAUAAUACCUGGACGACUGUUGAAUCAUUAAACUGGUCAUCUGUAGAAAUCCAUCUCGCCCUCGUCUUAUCUUGCACCGUGGCAUUUAAGAUACUGAUUCAGAGAUUCCUUCCAGGUGUUCUUAAGAGAACUUCUCGGCCAACAAAGAACAUCAUCUCUCGAGGCUGGCCACGCCGUGCCAAGCACGGUGAAGAUUACGUGCUCCAGUCUGUCGGCCACAAUGAGUCGCGCGCCAACAUUGCCACAAGGGGGGAUUCCAACGAAGCUGAUGAAAUUGGAAGUCAGAACCCAAUUGUCGAAGAUAUGGAGAUGGCCGGAGCUAAGGGGGCAACCUCGUGUCGCUCUUUGAAUUUGAGCAUAGAUGACCAGGUUGGUAGCAGGCAGUUGCCCGCGGAGCAGGGCGGCUGGUAG